UUCAACGCGACAUAACCUUGUCCUGCUUGAGAACGAUGCACGUGUAAAAGCGAAAUAGUGUUACUCGAAGAGAAAGAUACGUAAUUUAUGUAAAUACGUAAAGACGUAAAUAAAAACUCAACUUGAAAGGAAGAGAACAAGUGACGGAAAAAUAGUGAUAUCGUAUUUCGAAGGAUAUAUUCAUUGAGAGAAGGAAAAGACAUCGAAUGUGAAAACUAAUAGAAGCAUGCGGUUGAUCGUCUGCCAAGCAAACUCCAACUUGAUGGGCUGAUAAAACUCGCAUAAGCGGUACAUCGUCGAUUUGGUAACAGCGUUCUUUGUACAGACUGGAUUAAUUAAAUCGUUUCAAUGGCACCAGGAAAGCGUCCGGUUGGUAAAAGAAAAUUCGAUGGACGCAACAAACGUCUGCCAAAACCGAAGAAGGAAAAAUUUGAUUUUAGAACAGCGUCUUACAUCAAAGAACGCGAGGAGAGAAACAAGGAGCUUGAAGCUCGCAGGCAAAUAGCAGACCAGGAGGCAGCAAGAGCACGUCUCUCACAGAUCACGGAAUAUGACAGUUCCGAAGAAGACCCUAUAGAAGAUUUGUUAGCAACAUUUCCAGAUUAUAAAGAGCCGCAGGCAAUUAGUUCAGAAAGUGAGAGUUCUGAUGAACCAACUGAUAUACAGGAUGAAGUUGAGAGUAAUACAGAAGAAGAAGAGGUUAACGAAGAAUCUGGAACAAACAGUGAAGAAUCUCCCCAAGGUCAGAGAAUAAAAAGAUCAAAAAGAAGAGAACAGGAAGAAAAUGAGGAAGAAAGCAAAGAGAUCGAGGUCCAAGUGAAAGAAGAUGAUGAAGAGGAUAUCGAGACUGCUCAGGAAGACGCUGGUCAAUUAAGAGAUCCAUUUUCUAUACAUUUGCGCAAUGAUAUGGACGAUAAACUUUACAAUACAGUUAGCACAACACCGCAGACUAUAGAAAAGACAAAGUUGUCGUGGCCCACACUUGGAAAUCUGAUAUGUGAAAUUCCGAAACCUAAUCUGGAUAAUGAGAAUAAGGAGGGUGGGACCAAACUUCUGGAUGAAGAUAAAAAAUAUGCAAGCUACGGCAAAAUUCCAUGUUUGAUCAAAGUCGUCGACUGGGACAAAUUGCAUGUAAAAUCGCAGAUUCAGAAUAAUCUUGCUAAAGCUAAUCGCGUAAAAGGAGACGCCAAGGACAACGCUGAAAUUAAUCCUUCAUCUUUGACCCCUCUUCAGCGAGAAUUAUUUUCGAUAAUAAAUAAUUAUCAAGAUUUAUAUUAUCCAGAGAGAAACUUCUCAAAUGCCAAUCAGAUACGAUUCGUGUAUUGUCUACAUGCGAUCAAUCACGUGUUAAAGACUAGAACAAAGAUAUUGCAUCAUAACACGAAGAUAGCAAAAUCUGAUGGGUCAGUCCCGGACGAAUACAGAGAUCAGGGUGUAGUGAGGCCUAAGGUGCUCAUGAUAGUGCCAUUUAGGCAUUCUUGCUUGAAGAUAGUCGAGAUGUUAAUCUCAAUUUUAAUCGGAGAGGUCAAAGGUGGCUCCGUCAUGAACAAGCUACGAUUUAUGGAGGAUUUUACCGGGAACGAUUUGGCGAUGCCCAAGAAAAAUCCUAAGCCGAAUGAUUAUGAGCUGACCUUCCAGGGUAACAUUGACGACAAGUUCAAGAUAGGUAUAGCCAUCACCAAAAAGACGCUCAAAUUAUACAGCAAGUUCUAUUCUUCGGACAUUAUAAUCGCCUCGCCAUUGGGUCUCAGACAAUUGAUAGGCGUGGAAGGCGAGGCGGAGAGAGACUACGAUUUUCUGGCGUCCGUAGAGGUAUUGAUUAUGGACCAGAUCGAUCUGAUCACCAUGCAGAACUGGGAUCACUUGCACCACGUCUUGAAGCAUCUGAAUCUGCAGCCCAAGCAGAUGCACGACACGGACAUUUUUCGCCUGAGAAGCUGGUGCGUGAACGGCUGGACCAAGUACUACAGGCAGACGUUGAUCUUCUCCGCUAUGGAGUUGGCGCACAUAGACGGGGCGUUGAAGAAGACUUGCUUCAACUACGCUGGUAGAGUAAGAGUCGCGAAUCCGGUGGAGCCAGGCUCGAUUUGCGACGUGGACAUCACGGUUCAGCAGGAAUUCCACAAGUUCGACGCGUCCGAUCGUGUGCAGGCUAUCAACGGCAGAAUGGAGUUCUUCUUGAAGAAGGUGCUGCCACAAUACAAGGAUGCCGUGUACAAGAAUCACACGUUAAUCUUUGUGCCGUCCUAUUACGACUUCGUGUCGUUGCGCUACCACAUGAUGAAGGAGGAACUGAGCUUUACGCAGAUAUGCGAAUACACGGAGGACGCGAAAGUUGCCAAAGCGAGGGACAUGUUCUUCCACGGUGACGUGCACUUCCUUCUUUACACGGAACGCUUUCACUUUCACCGCAGGCUUAAGAUAAAGGGUAUCCGGCAUAUCAUAUUCUAUCAACUGCCCAUUUUCCCGCAAUUCUACAGCGAGAUAUGUAAUCUGAUGUCGGUGGAUUAUCAGAAGCUUCGUGGCGUCUAUCAUUACAACACGUCGGUAGCCGUUAUAUACAACAAGUUUGAUUGCUAUGAACUUAUUAGAGUUGUGGGUGAGAAAAGGGCAGUUAAAAUGAUCAAUUCGGAAUUGAAUUAUUAUAAGCUCACGUGCUCCCAACGAUGAUAAAUAUAAGUGUUUAGGUGAAAAUAAAAAAAAAUACUCGUUCUGACAUUCAACUUUCAUUCGUAUGGAUUUCCCCAUCGGUUCAGGGAAUCAAUGUUCUUCUCUUUAUAUAAAAACAAUUUGUUUUGAAUUUUAAAAAGAUAAUAUGGAUUUCAGGUGCUCCAAGUAGAAAAACAGCUAAGGAGUGAGAUAUUUAGAUUUUUUAAAUUAAAUAUCUGUAAAUGAAUGUACGUUAUAUACUUGUAGCAAUUUUGAUUUUAUUCCUCCAUCUAAUAAGAAAUAUUUAUAAUUUAUAAAUGUCACAACGUAAAAUUCUUUAAAAACAGAAUACUUUGAUACACGCGAGUCACACGCUGAAGAUACAUGUAUAUAAGACAUCAGGCGAAUUUUAAUUGUGUUACAGUAAAUGUCUCUUUGUUACUCUGUUAAAAGUACUAUGCAUGUGACAUGUUCUAUUGUAACACUAAUUAUAAAAACAUAUGCGAACACUCUCAACUUAGAUAUCAACGAAGUGAUAAACGUAACAGAUUCUACGUUCUAAGUGAAGAGUUACACACAAAAUGUCUAUAAUUUCUAAAUUAUCACACGAAAAAACACGAAAUUAAUUUUUACAUCGACUUGUAACAGAAACAGCUUUUAUUUGCGACGAGCACGCGUUUUGCUUUUUAGUUCUACUAUUAAUGUUGAUUUUAUCCAUCUUAUAUACUGUUGAAAGAUUAGAAAUAUUUUCCAUAUAAUAUUACGAGUUCAUACAUUAUUCAAGUGUAUUUAGAUUAUACUCGUCUCAGAGAUUAGGCCUAAGUUCUAUAAAAUUUCUCUCUUCGUUUAAGGAAAUUAUCGAUAGUUGUAAAUUGGAAGAAUCUCUUCCCUAUAAACGACUAUAUUAGUAAAUAUCAGUGCUCUAUCG